AAAACAACCAAUGGCCCAGGGAUGGGUAACACUACACCCUGAGAAGAGCUGAAAGGCUGGAGGUGGGUCCAGAUCCGCCCAUCCUGGGCUUCCUAUAAGGGCAGAGGACCUGGGACCAACCGGGAGUUCACACACCAUGAGGCUGUCUGUGAGACGGAGGACCUUCCUGCUGGCCUUUUCCCUGUUCUGCACCCUCUUGGGCCUGGGGUGCCCUCUAAGCUGUGAGGUGUGUAAGGGCUCCGGGCACACGUGCAGCGGGAAGGUGAAGACGUGCGAGGCGGGCAAGGAUGCGUGUGUAGUUCUCGUGGGCGAGUCCAGCACAAAGGGCCGCCACUCCGUGAGCACCUUCAAGGCCUGCACGAAGUUGAAAGACUGCUACUCUGGCUUCGUUUCCACCACCAUGAGCCCCAACGACUACAUGGUGUCCAAUGCCCACUGCUGUCAGAGUGACGGUUGCAAUCGUGGCACCGUGCCCCCUCCUCAGAACAAUCGAACUGAGAAUGGCCUGAUCUGCCCCUCUUGCAUCGUACCCUUCCAAGAGUCCUGUCCGGGAACCCAGGUGGCCCGCUGUGUUGGGCGGGAAAACCACUGCAUUUAUUUCUCUGGAACCGUGCAAGCUGGCAUCAUCAAUACCAAAUUUGCCACGAGGGGCUGUGCUACAGAGAGCGCCUGCUACACCAAAGUCGGAGCCGAGGUGCCUUCGGCCUCCUACCUCUACUUCCUGCGCAGGGCAGACUGCCUUCCAGCCCCCCAGCCCCCAGGCAGGGGUGAGUGAAGAUCCCAGGAAGAUGUAUGUAUGUGCCCUGGGGGCUCCCCACAACUGUGCCUGUAAAUUAAACCGAUAAACA